CAUCUACAUCAGUAGAAAACUCUGAGCUGUUUCUCUAUCAAGCAGAUUUGCAAACGACGGGUUCUCCUCAGAAAGUCAGGAGCUGUUCUGAAAAUGCCUCUUCCAACUCAGCGUCAGUGCACUGUGGAGAUUCAGAACAAGAGCUCCAGCUUGAUGCUGUGUGAGCCACUGGUUUAUGUCUUUAAGGGAAACUGUGAAUCCCCUCUGCCUCCAACUCUCCGUCCAACAGAAUCCGGCAGCGCUCUCUUCAUCAAGAAAGUCUACACAGCGAGUGGCUCAUCAGGCAUCUUUACAUACGACAUUGUCCACGAGUCCAGCAAGGAGUGCAAAGGCCGGCUGGCCGUCAUGUUUGCAGUUCCCUAUGACUUCAACAUCUUCUACAACUGGUACGCUGUGGGAAUCUUCAGCAAAGACAAGCAGUGCAAUGAUGACCUCUACAAUGAAAUGUACUACGGCGUCCAGCACCGUUUCGUUCGAGGAAAAGCCAAAGGGCCCAGUUUGACCCACAAAGAGGGUGAAGUGACCAUCAGGGCCAGCAUGUCCGACAGCUUCAAGCCGAUUCUGAAGUUGGAGCUCUGCGACAACUGAGACCGGCUGCUUUUGUUGGUCCAGUUAAACCAGUACCAGCACCAUCUGGUUUUAUUUAACCACGUUUAACCACUAAAGGCUGCUUUCUUUAAUCAUAUCUUAUCCAGUUUAUCCCACUGUAACCUGUUUACCAAAU